CGGUUUUAAAAGAGGGAAAAUUUUCGUGUCAUUUUAGAUCAUGCAACUGGUUUGGCAGGAUUUGGAGGUGGGUCUCAGGCUCUAGGGGAGGAACCAGUACACUCCCUGGGAGAAGCUUGGAGACCGACUGGCUCCAGUGCUGCUGCCCUUCCAAGAUGUGGGUCUAUGCUCUGGCCUUCACUUUUUUCAGCACCUUCCCAGUUCAGGGGCACCCAUCCUCACCGCCUGUGGUGAACACCGUGUAUGGCAAAGUCCUGGGGAAGUAUGUCAGCCUGGAAGGAUUUACACAGCCUGUGGCCGUCUUCCUGGGAGUCCCUUUCGCCAAGCCCCCUCUUGGAUCUCUGAGGUUUACUCCUCCACAGCCUCCAGAGCCAUGGAAAUUUGUGAAGAACACCACGUCUUACCCUCCCAUGUGCUCCCAAGAUACAAUGGCAGGGCAGGUGCUCUCACAGCUGUUAACCAACAGAAAGGAGGACAUUCCUCUCACGUUUUCUGAAGACUGUCUGUACCUGAAUAUUUACACUCCUAUCAACUUGACAAAGAAAAGCAGGCUACCGGUGAUGGUCUGGAUCCAUGGCGGUGGUCUUAUAGCGGGUGGCGCAUCAACCUAUGAUGGAGUGCCUCUCUCGAUCCAUGAAAAUGUAGUGGUGGUGACCAUUCAGUACCGGCUGGGCAUCUGGGGAUUCUUUAGCACAGGGGAUGAACACAGCCGAGGGAACUGGGGUCACUUGGACCAGAUGGCUGCACUGCGCUGGGUGAAGGACAACAUUGCUAACUUUGGAGGGAACCCUGGCUCAGUGACCAUCUUUGGACAAUCAGCGGGUGGUCAAAGUGUCUCUGUUCUUGUGUUAUCUCCCCUGGCCAAAAACCUCUUCCACAGGGCCAUUUCUGAGAGUGGUGUGGCCCUCACCGCUACUCUGUUCAGCAAUAACAUCAAGCCUCUGGCUGAGAAAAUUGCUGUUACUGCUGGGUGCAAAACCACCACAUCAGCCAUCAUGGUUCACUGUCUGCGCCAGAAGACAGAGGAUGAGCUCUUGGAGACAACUGUGAAAAUGAAUUUUUUUAGUGUGGAUCUUUCUGGAGACCCCAGAGAGGGCCAUUCUUUCUUGCCCUCUGUACUUGAUGGAGUAGUGCUGCCAAAGACUCCUAAAGAGAUUCUGGAGGAAAAGCAUUUCCAUACUGUCCCCUACAUCGUGGGAAUCAACAAACAAGAGUUUGGCUGGUUCCUUCCAGUGAUGAUGGGCUAUCCGAUCUCUGAAGACAAGCUGGACCAGCAGACAGCUGCAUCACUCUUGUGGAAGUCCUACUCUAUUCUUAAAAUCCCUGAGAGACUGAUUCCAGUGGUCACUGAAGAGUAUUUAGGAGGGACAAAUGAUCUUUUAAACAAGAAAGACCGAUUCCUGGACCUGAUUGCAGAUGUGAUGUUUGGUGUCCCUUCUGUGACUGUGGCUCGUGGUCACAGGGACGCUGGAGGCCCUGUCUAUGUGUAUGAAUUCCAGUAUCGCCCAAGCUUCUCAUCAAACUUGAGACCCAAGACAGUGAUAGGAGACCACGGUGAUGAGCUCUUCUCAGUAUUGGGUGCUCCAUUUUUAAAAGAUGGUGCUUCAAAAGAGGAGAUUAACCUCAGUAAGAUGAUGAUGAAAUUCUGGGCCAACUUUGCUCGCGAUGGGAACCCCAAUGGGAAGGGUUUGCCCCAAUGGCCAAAGUAUGACCAGAAGGAAGGAUACCUGCAGAUUGGCACCACCACUCAAGUUGCUCAUAGGCUAAAAGAAAAGGAAAUGGUUUUCUGGACUGAGCUCUGGGCCAAGGAAGCAGUGGUGAAGCCACCCCAUAAAGAACAUGUUGAGCUCUGAACAGGAAGCCCAUCCAGCCUUUGGAACAGCUAAGACAGAUGUUUUCUACAGAAGGUGUUGGUAGACCAAUGUGAUAAUGCUUACAGAGUUGGGAGAACUGUGUGAUGGUGGUGUGCAAAGUCCAGGGAGAAGGAAUGCUUUAUUUGUGGCCACAAUUUGUGAAUAAAUUUAAGUACUGUGAUUAAA